AUGAGAAGGAGGCAGGGAGCUACAGUCCACCUGCUGCUGGUGCUGGUGCUGGUGGUUGGUCUGCUCAAGGACCUGGCUCCAUGUUCAGCAGCAGCGCAGGAGGAGGGGAGGGCAACAAAGUACAUCUGGCUGAUGCAGGGGAAGGAGGAGAUGUCCCUGGACUUCUUGCGGUCGGACCACUCAGACGCCAUCCAGGUUGUGUGGGGGAAGGGGCCGAAGAACCAUAGCAAGGACGCGUACUACCUUCCAGACAGCACCUGCACCGAGGGGAGGAACUUCCUGCUGCAGAUGGCGCUGCUGCGAGAGGAGGAGGAGGGGAUCCGCUACGACUACUUCAUCUACACGGAGGAUGAUGCCGAGCUGGAGGAGAUCUUGGACUUCGGGCACAAUGUGGGAGAUCCGUACAGGACCUUCGAGCGCUACCUCCACAUGUGGGAACCAGCCGUAGCUUUCCCUUUCAACGGCUACGGCAUGCCGGACCCGCCGGAGGAGGUGGUCGCUGCGUGCUGGUGGGACCAUCUCAUGGUCGCGUUCCACCGGGACGCUCUCCCUGCUCUCCUCCCCUACUGGACUGGUUUCGACAAGGAAUCAUGGUGGUUUCCACAGAGAAUCGUCACGGUUCUGUCAGCAGCUUUCUUCCAUGAGAAUAGGAUCCAAGGCAAGCGCCAAGCUCCUCCUCUCCUCUUCUGCUGA